AUGGACUCUCACAUGAAACGCCAAGUCUCCAUGUCCUACUCUGGCCCAGCUAGAAACUACGCCUACAGUGUGAGUGGAGGCGCUGGGGGCCACGGCACCAGGAUCUCCACUGCCACUAACUAUGGCAGUCGGUUUGGAAGCGGCAUGACAGGAAGCAGCUUCGAUUACCAAGCCUCCGGGUCCAACACCGGGAGCCUGGCCAUUGGGAAUGAGAAGAUCGCGAUGCAGAGCCUGAACGACAGGCUGGCCAGCUACCUGCAACAAGUGAAGAUCCUGGAGAAGGCCAACAGCACACUGGAGAUCAAGAUCCGGGAGGUGAUCGAGAAGAAGGGCCCGAUCGAAGGGAGCGACUACUCCAGAUUCGAUGCAGAAAUCACAAAGCUCAGGGCCAAGAUUAUGAACCAGAUCAAAGACAACGCUCACCUGGCCAUCAAUCUGGACAACGCUCGUCUGGCCUCAGAUGAUUUCCGAGUCAAGAUGGAGUACGAGCUGGCCAUGCGUCAGACGGUGGAGGCUGACGUGGCCCGACUCAGGAAGCUCCUGGACGACACCAACGUGAUCCGCCUGCACCUGGAGGGCGACAUUGAGUCUCUGAAGGAGGAGCUCAUCACCCUCAAGAAGAACCACGAGGCCGAUGUAGCAGAGCUGAGGGCACACAUCAUGCACGGCAGCGUGAACGUGGAUGUGGACGCGCCUAAAGGACAGGACUUGGCCCGUGUCAUGGAGGAAAUGAGGGCCAAGUACGAGAGGAUCGCUCUGAAGAACCAGGAAGAGCUGAAGGCAUGGCACGAAUCUCAGAUCACAGAAGUGCAGGUUCAGGUGUCGCAGAACACCACGGCCCUGAAAGAAUCCACCGUGCUACUGAGUGAAACCAGGAGGAGAUACCAGGGACUGGACAUUGAACUGCAGUCCGCUCUCAGCCUGAAAGCGUCCCUGGAGGCCACUUUGAGGGACGUGGAGGCCCGCAACAACAUGGAAAUGGAGAAAUACAACAGCAUCAUCAUCAGACUACAGGAUGAGCUCAGCAAGAUCCGCAUCGACAUCCAGCACAACUCCAGAGAUUACGAGCAGCUCCUCAACAUCAAGGUCAAGCUGGAGGCCGAGAUCGCAGAGUACAGGCGACUUCUGGACGGCGGGGACUUGAAACUUGAGGAUGCCAUGGACUCAAGGCUGAUGCAAACCAAAGUAGUAACUCUCACUCAGACACUGGUGGACGGGAAAGUGGUGUCGGAGAGCAAAGACGUCAAAUCCAGCGAAAAAGUAGUCAGCUAA